GGCAGGCAGGCGGAACUUCUCUUUUCUGGCCCUAGAGGGGCGGCGGCAACCACAGGGGCAGUCCAGGGACCCCAGGCUCCCUUCCCGGUGGCCUGAGCAGGAGGUCUGCUGUGGACCCAGUGACCACAUCUGCUGGACCACAGGAAGGGGAUCAGGGUUCCUGGGGUCCUCCGAGGGCAGCCAGAGAACCCCAAAGGGUCCAGAUUGGGGUCCUAAACUAGGAGCUUGGGGGACAGCCCUUCUCUAGGCCAUGCCAGCCAAGCCUUUCCAUGGAUGAUGCCAGUGAAGACCCCGCCAUUUUCACUGCCCACUCUCUGCCCAGCGACCCCCGCCUCUGGGCCCCUGUGACCAGCGCUUACCUGGGCACACGCGUGUACCAUGAUGUGCUGCAUGUGAGCGGCUUGUACAAUGGAGCUGGGGGGGACACGCACCGGGCUACUCUGCCCAGCCCCCUCAAUGUCCAGCUGGAGUCCCCUGCAGAGUCGGGAGAGCAGCUGACAGAGACCUUCGCUCUGGACACCAACACAGGUGACCAAGGCCCUGCCCUCGUAGGCUCCUUUCUGCACACCCUGGAGGGCACCAGCUUUCGGGCCUCCCAGCGCCUCUACGCCCACCGCACGCUACCCCACGUCCUGGUCUUCAGCGUGUCCAUUGCCCGCGUGGCCGCGGAGAGCCGGCCCAUCACUGUGCAGCUGCGGGCAGCCUUCUCCCCAGAAAGCCCAGACCUGGACCUGCACCUGGGCCCGGACUUCCAGGGAGCUCUGUACCUGUAUGGCCACACGCUCACCCCGGAGCAGCCUGGGGGGAGCCGGCAGGAAGUGCACAUGAUGUGGACGCCCGCGCCCGCGGCCCUGACCCUCGGGGAAGACGAAGAGGACGCGUCCUGGGAGUUCUUGACCGCAGUGGGCGACAGCCAGGCAGAGGCCCAGGCCCACCUCCAGGAGGCACUGCGGCUGCGGGCCGGGGGCGAGCUGUACACGACCCACGCCCAGGCCUGGGCCGGGCUCUGGGCAGGCUCCGGCCUGGACGUGGCGGGACCCCUGCGGCUGCGCCAAGCCCUGCGCGGCGCCCUCUACUACCUGUUCAGUGCGCUGCCCCAGCCCGGGGCCCCAAGGCACGUCUGCCACGGGCUCAGCCCUGGCGGCCUCUCCAACGGCAGCCGUGGCGAAUGCUACUGGGGCCACGUCUUCUGGGACCAGGAUCUCUGGAUGUUCCCGAAUGUUCUGAUGUUCCACCCUGAGGCUGCUAGGGCCAUCCUGGAGUACCGCAUCCGCACGCUGGGUGGGGCCCUGAAGAACGCCCACAACCUGGGUUACCAGGGGGCCAAGUUUGCCUGGGAGAGUGCUGGAUCUGGUCUGGAGGUCUGUCCUGAGGACAUUUACGGUGUCCAGGAGGUGCACAUCAAUGGGGCCGUGGUGUUGGCCUUUGAGUUGUACUACUACACUACGCAGGACGUGCAGCUUUUCCAAGAUGCUGGGGGCUGGGACCUUGUCAGCGCCGUGGCCGAGUUCUGGUGCAGCCGCGUGGAGUGGAGCCCUGGGGAGAAGAAGUACCACCUGAGGGGAGUCAUGCCCCCCGAUGAGUUCCACUCAGGAGUCAACAACUCAGUGUACACCAAUGUCCUGGUCCAAAACAGCCUGCGCUUUGCCGCUGCCCUGGCGGAGGACCUGGGUCUGCCUGUCCCUGACCGGUGGCUGGUGGUGGCUGACAAGAUCAAGGUGCCCUUUGACCCGGAGCUGAACUUCCACCCCGAGUUUGAUGGGUACAGGCUUGGAGAGGAGGUGAAGCAGGCGGAUGUCGUGCUCCUGGGCUAUCCCAUCCCCUUCCCCCUGAAUGCUAGCGUUCGGAGGAGAAACCUGGAGGUGUAUGAGGCUGUGACGUCCCCCCAUGGCCCUGCCAUGACCUGGAGCAUGUUUGCUGUGGGCUGGAUGGAGCUGAAGGAUCCAGGGCGGGUGGAGGGCCUCUUGGACAGGAGCUUCGCCAACAUCACCGAGCCCUUCAAGGUGUGGACAGAGAAUGCCGAUGGGUCAGGUGCUGUGAACUUCCUGACAGGCAUGGGAGGCUUCCUGCAGGCGGCCCUCUUUGGGUUUACCGGGUUCAGGAUCACCCGAGCAGGCAUAACCUUUGACCCCAUGUGUCCGGCGGGGGUCUCUGGUGUUUUUGUCUCUGGCCUGUUCUACCAGGGGAGCAAGCUCAACUUCUCCUUCUCUGAAGACUCUGUGACCAUUGAGCUCACAACCCGUGCCGGGCCCUGGGCCCCUCCACUGGAGGCUGAGCUGAGACCAUCCCUGGCUCGGCUCCCCUUGCCCCCAGGACACAAGGUCUCCUUUCCUCGAUCCGCUGGCCAGAUACGAAGGUCCCCCCUGUAGCGGCCUCACUCAGGGAUUGGGAAGCUCUAGCUCUGAGUUUCCUGAGGAGACCUGUUUGAAGACAUCAGACACCUGCCCCAGAGCCCCUGGGACCCCCUCCAGGACCCUCUCAUGUCCUUCUAGCCCCACCCGAAUUCCCUCUUCAUGGGCCCAGAACAAUAAGGGCUGCUGGCUGCAGAGAUUUCUCUGAGGUCCACCCCUCCGGCUACCCUUCUGCAGGAGCCUAGCCUCCUGUACCUGCCCCUCUUGGAGCCCCUGGCCUGUGGAGCCCUUCUCCGGCCUCAAUUGAAGAGGCCUCUGUGCUCCCUUAAGCCACAUCCAUGCUCCAUCAGCCUCCCCUAUGGGCCCUCCGGGUUGGCAUCUGUGCCUGACGCCCAUGCCCAACAUCUGUGCCCUUUCAGCACUGCUUCUCCUGCCCCAUUACCCCCCUCCCCAACACCCUGUGGUGCUGGGCCUGCAAGGUGAGCAGUGUGGGGGACAGGGCUGUGUCACCAGCAGCAUCAGUCAGGACUCUUCAGUGCAACUGGCUUCACCAUAAAAGGACUUUUGUUUUGUGCUUUCGGGAAUCAGGAA